AUGGCGGGAUUCGCCUUAUAUGCAGCUAUCAUAGCUGCUAUUGCCAUAUCCCUUCGUUUCUUCUACCUUCGACUCUUACCCAAGCCGAUUCCUUGGGGUCCACCGUACAACCUCGACUCUUCUAAAAGAAUUCUCGGAGAUGCGCCGUACAUCAUCGAACUUGAAAAUGCGGGCGAAUACUGGCUCAAGUUCUUCACGCAGCUGCUCGCCAAGCACGACACGCCCAUUGCCCAAUUCUUUGCCGGACCUUUCGGUAGGCCGCACGUCGUCAUUGCUGAUUACCGCGAGGCUCGCGACUUGAUGGCGAAGCGGAGCAAAGAUCUCGGCCGCGGGGUUACCAAUAACAUAACGUGGAAUAGUGUGAUUCCGGGACACUUCAUCUCCAUGGAAGAUUCACAUCCAUCUUUCAAGGACACCAAGUUUCUCACCAAGGAUCUCAUGACACCGAGCUUCUUACAUGGGGUGUCGGCACCAGCUUCACAUAAGAUGGUUCACAAAUUCAUAGAGAUGUGGAAAGCCAAAGCUACCAUCGCCAAUGGCCGGCCUUUCGAAGCGGACGCCGAUCUGGAAGCCUUCACCUACGAUAUCAUGAACGCUGCGGCCUUUGGCACUUCUGUGGAAGACAGCUACACUUUGGAACGACUUCGGUCUCUUCCCUCACCAAGCGCAUCCGAAACACGCCCAUCUGAUCCCUCACAACUUGCGGAGUUCCCGAAAGUCAAGCAGCCAGAACUUCUAAACGCUCUGACCAUACUGGGCGAACGAGUCAACGGUGCUUUCCGUGCACUUAUCCCCAAGCUCUUCUUUCUCUACGAUGACAAUCGGCCGACUAUCCGCAAGGCAUUCCACUCGAAAAAGACCAUUCUCCAAUCUCACAUUCACCGCUCCGUCGAGAAACAGACACGCAGUACUUCAAAGGAGGAAUUUGCCUCAGCAGUUGACUACAUCGUCUCGCGCGAAAUCUCAGCAGCCAACGCCGCAGGCCGAAAGCCCGUUUUUGACUCGGCGCGGAUGACCGACAUGAUCUGGGGCUAUCUAGUCGGCGGCCAAGACUCAACCCACAGCACGCUCUGCUUCACGGUGAAGUACCUCGGAGCUCACCAGAACAUACAGGCCAAGUUGCGCGAGGCGUUGCGACUUGCAUACCCAGAUGCGGUUUCUGAGAAGCGGGAGCCUACAGUCGACGACAUUACCAAGACCCACGUUCACUACCUCGACGCUUUCAUUGAAGAUACUCUACGCCUGAGCAGUCCCGCUGGAGCCAUCAUGAAGGAGGCGCUUGUUGAUAUGGACAUGUUUGGGUACUGUGUCCCCAAGGGAACACCCGUCGUCUUCCUGUUGACGGGACAGACGGUCUCAGAGGCCGGUGCCAAAGUCGACGAAGCCAAGCGUAGCGAGACAUCACAAAAGGUCGCCAAUGAAGGAGUCGGAGACUGGGCCGAGACCGAAUAUCCCCCGGAGCAACUCCACCCGGAACGCUGGCUGCAGCCUGACGAGAACGGCGAAGUCGUGUUCAAUAACAAAGCUGGUCCGUUUAUGACUUUCAGUCAUGGCCCGCGAGGUUGCUGGGGCAAGAGACUGGCGUAUAUGGAGUUGAAACUGAUUAUCACGCUGUUGGUCUGGAACCUGGACUUUAUGGGGCUGCCUGCUGAGUUGGAGGAGGAUGGGCUUAUUGAGGGGAUAUUCGCGAAGCCGAAGUCGUGUCUUGUGAAGCUGAGGAAUUGA